CAACAGAGUCCGUGUUUGAAUGAGACAAAACAACGAAAAACCGAUUCGAAUGACGGUUACAAGUGUUUUUUUCAAUUUUGCUAUAAACGUGCCAGAUUGCUCACAAAUAAAUGAAAUAAAGUAAAAUUUUUCAACUGAUUCCUUAUCUCGAAAGUCGUGUGUAAAAAAGUUGUAUUGAAAAAAAAGAAAAUUAAAUCAUUUCCGUGAACGAGAAAAAAUAAAUAACCUCAAUAUGAUCUCCGACUUGAUCGUUCAAUGCGAGGACGAAACUCUAACAGCGGAGGACGAAUCGAUCGAAGGCAUCAGUUAUUUAAAGAAUCAAAUUUUAAAACUUUCUAGCGAGAAUGAACGAUACAAGCAAGAUUUGCAUGAACUUCAUCGGAAACUGGAAAUCAGUCAAAACAUGGAAACUGAACUCACUGAAUAUCAUAAAACUUUGGAGCAAUCUUUGGAAAUGCAGAAGGCUCAAAACAACCAAAAAAUUCACGAAAUGGAAGAAAAACAAAUGAAGCUGGAAAAAGAACUGCAAGAUAAACUUGCAGAAUCCGAAGCUGAAUUAAUGAAGAAGAUUGAAGAAAACAAAGCUUUGCGCGAAACAAUAAGAAUAAACGAUGAGAAAUUGUCAGUUUCCAACCAGACUCAAUGUUCCACCACUUUCGUUGAUAAUUCUGAUCUGUUGAAAUCGCAAAUUGAAGAGUUAAGCGAGCUUCUGACUCAAGCGGACGGUAUUAGAAAACAACAUGAGGAAACAAUACAAUUUAUGGAAAGAGAAUCUACCAUACUGAAGGAGAUUCUUGCAUCAACUAAAAAACAACUGGUGGAAAAAAAUGAAGCAUCAGAAUCAAUGCGAGAAGAAUUAUUCGAAUGUAGAAUGGAGUUAGAAACAUUGAAAGCUGCUCCAGCCACGAACAAAUCCAAAGGAAAUUCUUUGUUUGCUGAAGUCGAAGAUCGUCGUAAAAUGACAUUGGGUCAAAUGAACUCGAUGCGGAGUAGUUAUCUCGAAGCUAAACGUUCGUACAAAGCGAAAGAAGCAGAAAUAAAAUCAUUAAAAGCUGAAAUAUCCUUGCUAUUACGAAAAUGGGAAGAUGAUACAGUAGAAAAGAUUCAACAGGAUGCAAGUCUCGUGGAAAAGUACAGAGCUCGAAUUGGAGAACUGGAAUCGCGUCUCAAGGAUGAACAAAAGAAAAAUAAGCAAAAUACAAAAGGUCAUCAAUCACAGGAAAACAAUUUUACCUUUUUGCAAUCUUUGAUCGAUGCCAAGUGCAAGAAAAUUGAAGAAUUAAGCACGAAACUCGAGAACGACUCGAUCAAAGCUCUCCUGGAUGAAGAGCACAAACACAAAAUGGGAAAACAAUUGAGAUAUUGGCGAUACAGAGCAAUGUCUAGUGAAGCGGAACUGGUUUCGAUAAAGGAUCGUCUGGAGUCCGAUCCCGAGUGUUCGAACGCCGAAAUAUUAGAGGCGAUAAAAAAACAUUCAAACAAUAAAAAUGAUGAAUCUUACGCAACUUUCAUGAACGAAAGUACUCUAGGUAACCCAACGGUUGUGAACGAAACUAUUGUGACUCUGGAGACUUUGAUGGAAAUACCAAAAAAAACUACCUCAUUGAAGGACCUAAAGUCAGAUUUAAGCAGUGUCAACAAAAUUCUCGAUGAAACUUUAUUUAUGAGCGAAACUAUCCAAGCUGAUGCUUCGUUCAUAACAUCAAAAUCAAUCUCCGAGACGAAAGAUUCUUGUCCAUCAAAUUUGAGUAAAGUAAAUGAAACUGUUGAAAGCCUAACAUUGUCGAAUAACGACAGUACAUUGUCCAUGGAAGAAACAGAAAUUUGCAACAAUUUGCAACCGUUCGGAUCAAUCCAGAAAGAAGCAGGAUCAGAUUGUCAACGGAUGGACGAUUCUAUGGAACUUACAGAAACAAUCGAACAAUCUGCAGACACUUAUACAGCUCAGAAUUAUGAGAAAAGUUUCGAUUCAGAUGUUACAAUUGUAGAGCCUGUUUUAAAAUCAAUACUGAGCACAGUUAGUGUAAAUGCCAAUUCAACUGUCUUGGACAAAGAAAACCACGGAAAGGAAAGAAAAGCCUUGAGAUUUGCACCCGAAACUGUCGAUCCACCGAACAAAACGUUGAAAAAACAAACUUCUGCUCCAAAAUACCCGAUAGUAUUUAUCUCUAGCAAUAAGUCAAAAAAAUGAAAAUUAUGAAUGAAUUAAGUUUGUAAAGAAUUAUUGAUACUUUCCUGGCGGAAUAAAUUAUAUUUUUAUAUUUUUUAAAAAUAA